AUGGCAUCAGUCACUUUCACCAUGCUUUCGAGCGGCAAAUACAGCGAUCUCAAAAUCACAUGCCACGGUAAGGAAUUCGUCGUCCACCGCGCAGUCGUCUGCCUGCAGUCCAAGCCGCUGGCCGCCGCUAUCGACGGCAAGUUCAAGGAAGCCAUUACGGGCCAGAUCGACCUGGACGGUAACGAGCCUGCUGUGGUCGAGGCCAUGCUCAAGUUCAUGUACACUUCCGACUACCCCGAUGGCCGUGAGGAUGACCACGGCGCCGCCACGAAGGCUGGAGCAUUGACUGCCACCGAGACGGCGCCAGAGAUCGGAGGCGCGCUCCUCUUCAACACCAAGGUGUACAUCAUCGGCGAGCAGCUUGAUGUUCAGCCGCUCAAGGAACUCGCCAAGAAUAAAUUCGAGGAGAUCAUAGGGGAUCAGUGGAAUAGCGCUUCUUUUGUUGCCAGCUUGAAGCUGCUGUAUGAGGGGACGCCUGAGAAAGAUCGCUUGUUGAAAGAUGUUGCGAUCAAGACUGCCGGGAAACGUGCGAAGCAGCUGUGUGAUCGAGGGGAUUUCGUGACGCUUUGCAAGGAGGAUGGUGAGAUUGCAUUCGACGUUCUCAAAGCAGUCACAAAAUCAACCCCAAAAAGAACCUGUCCUGACUGUUUGAGACCUGACUGUCUGAGAUCUAACAUUAUGAAUGAGUCAACGACCAGGAAUUUCUAUUGCCUGGCCCCAGGAAAGAUGUCCUAUGGGUACAGCGUCUGA